AGCUCUCACUCCGGUCCGUCUCUGUGUGAAAUCAGACGUUCUGCUACAAUGAGGAACCUGGCGGCUCUGCUGUUUCUGCUGUCGCUCUGCUCUCUUCAUCUGGUGUCUAGCGCUCCCCCCGGUUUAGAACACAUGAAUCGCUGCUGUUCAGAAACAACUAAAGCGAAGGUCCCUCUAAAGAACAUCGUGACCUACUGGAAGACCAGCAGCCACUGCAACAUAAAGGCCAUUGUCUUUGAGACUCUAAAUAAAGAAAAGAAUGUGAAACAUAAACUCUGUGUGGAUCCUACAGAACCUUGGGUCGACAGUCACAUGAAAGCAGUGGAUCGUAAAAAUAACACCCCUCUAACAGCAAAUCCCUGAAUCUCAGCUUUAGAGGAGAUUGCAACACAGCAGAAUAACCUAAUAUUUUGAUCAAAUUUUGUAAUUACUGUUUCUGUUUUUUUUUUUUUAACAAAAAAGAAGCAUUUUGUAAUUAUUUACUUAUAUGAUUGACAUAUUCUCAUCUCUGAGCUUCAGUGUGACGUGUCACCUGGUGUUUUUCAGAGUUCAGUAUCACUGUCUCUUCCGUCUUCAUGUUUGUUCCCAAUUAAUGAAUCAGUAAAAUUAAAUGAAAUGGUGUUACGCACAUGUAACAUGUAACUUUCUCUAAUAAAUACUUACACUAUGCAGCA